AUGCAGCAAUUAGAAAUUCGCAGGAGUUGCCGUAGCUUUGUCGACCUCCUCGUGGAAAUCAAUGGCCGAGACACGUCCAUGAUGAGCGUCAAGAAGACCGUCGCGUUCGUGAAAACGUGCACCAAGACCGCCUUGCUCAAGUUUAAACGAAGUCUGUGCAUCUCCAUGCCCAGGGCCAGUGCCUAG